CGUCUAUCUGCAUAAAGCAGACUGGAAUAGCUAUACCCUCCAAAACAACCUCAGUCCAGUGCAGAAUACUCAACAUCCUCCUUUGAAAAAUGGUCGAGAGCCUUUGGUGGUUAACAUUUUGACAGCUGACUGAGGUGGAUGAAGUAAUGAUCAUCUUGCUCUAUGCCAUGGUAAUCUCACACAUCUGUGCCAUCAAUGCAGCACCAUUUCAAACCGGCACCACUGGCAAAGACCAGGGACAGAGACAGCCACACCAGGCUCAGCAAAAUACCACUGUUGCUGCUGAGGACAGACAAGAGGAACUCCAUGCUUAUAUGAACUUCCUUUCAAGCACACAAAUCCCAGAAGUAAGAAACAUUGACACUACAAUUCUGGGAACAGAAUGGGACUUGUAUUCUCCAAGAGUAUCACUCACCAACGAGACUCCUUCAGGGCCACCAUUGCUAUUUCUCAUGGAGGAACACAUCAGUCAUCAGGAAGUUGCAAAUCGGACUUUAAGAGCAAAGAGAGCAGACAACUCCGACUACAUUGACCCUGUGAGACGUGGAGAGCUUUCUGUUUGUGAUAGCAUUAGUGCGUGGGUGAUGGACAAGGUCACAGCUGUAGACUCUUAUGGCAAAACAGUCAAUGUACUUACUGAGGUGCAGACCCCAAAAGGUCCUCUACGGCAAUAUUUUUAUGAGACCAACUGUCAUCAAAGCAAAUCUACUAUUAGUGGGUGCCGAGGUGUGGACAAACGGCAGUGGAUUUCUGAAUGCAAACCCAAGCAAUCGUAUGUCAGGGCACUUACAGUAGACAAUGAAAAGAAAGUUGGCUGGCGAUGGAUUCGUAUCAAUACAGCCUGUGUCUGUGUCUUAGUCCAACGAACUGGCAGGACAUAA